AGGGCGUGAGCUUUUCUGACUGAAACUAUGGGGCUUGUUCACAUCCUAUAGGUGUGGCUUUCCAGCCUCUUCAGUGUGAUCCAGGAACUAAACCGGCUGACAAAAGCAGCUGAGCCAGUUCGUUUUCAGACAGAGAGAGAGAGGAGGUGGAAGUGAGAGACACACUGAGGAGACAUGGCAGACACAGCGGCUGAAGUUGCAGCUCCCAUCUCCAAACAGAAGAAGCUUUGCGGCGUGUGCUCAGGUGAGCUGAGUGGGGACAACUCCGUCUGUGGCUCCUGUAAAGGGGACAAAAGUGAAAAAGGAUGCUCCAAGAGUCUGCAGAGCCCCGACAAGCCUGAACCGGCCGGAGGGUCCAAACAGAACGGGACAGAGGCUGUGAUCGGGAGCAAAGAGGAGCAGGACCCUAAGGGGGCCGAGGAGACCAAGAUCCAAGAGGACCUGAAGGAGUCUGAGGACCCGAAGAAGCCCGAGGAGGAGCCACAAACCGGUGGAGAGGACACCAAUGGAGCAGAAGAGGAGGCGAAGGAGGAACCUCUGGGCCCCGACGACGUGGUGUGCGACUCCUGCAUCGAGAGCCCCUGCAGGGCCCUCAAGUCCUGCCUCACCUGCCUGGUGUCCUACUGCGAGGCCCACCUCCGGCCUCACCUGGAGAACCCCAAGUUUCAGAACCACCGGCUGGUGGAGCCGCUCAGGGACAUCGAGAGGAGGACCUGCGAGAGCCACAAGUGGCCCCUGGAGCUGUUCUGCUGCGCUGAUGAGUGCUGCGUCUGUCAGGACUGUAUGACGGAGGAGCACCGGGGCCACAACGCCGUUCCUGUACCGGAGGCUCGCAGUCAAAUAGAGAAGGAACUGAGGGAGAAACAGAGCGAGAUGGUGAAGACAGUGACGGCGGGGGAGAAUGCCAUCAACAAACUUCAGCUCAACACAGUCUCUAUUGAGCAUUCGGUGACAGAGGUACGAGCGGUGAUCGAGACCCAGUUUGAGGAGCUGCAGGCGGUGAUGGAGAGGGCCAAACGGGAGGUGACGGAGAUCCUGGAGGGCGAGGAGAAACAGGCGCUGAAGCAGGCCGAGGGCAUCCGGGUUCACCUGGAGCAGAGGUGCACGGAGCUGAAGAAGACUCAGGGGCAGAUGGAGAAGCUCUCCAAGAACAAAAAUGAUGUGGAUUUCUUACAGGAGUAUUCAGAGUGGAAGAAAGAGGCCACUGAUAUCUCUCUUCCCGGCGUCUACAUCGGCCUGACGGACCGUCUGAACUCCUUCAGCCGCGUGAUCGUUGACUCCACGCAGGAACUGUGUGCCAUGCUUGUGUCUUCUUACAUCGAGAAAGUUAAAGAGACAUGCAAGAAUGACAAAAUGGGAAUAAAGACGACCGUUCACGAAAUUCUUGCAAGAAAACAGAACAUGGCUUUACCGGAUCCAGUGACACAUGCAGACUUCCUCAAGUAUGUCGCCAACGUGAAUUUCGACGCCGACACCGCUCACAAGUUCCUGCGGCUGACGGAGGAGAACAGGAAGGUGACCAACACCACGCCCUGGCAGCAUCCUUAUCCCGACGUACCCGAGAGGUUCGAGAACUGGCGCCAGGUCUUGGCCACGGAGAGCUUCUAUCUUGGGCGGCACUACUUUGAGGUGGACAUCAGUGGCGAGGGCACGCACAUCGGCCUGACCUACAAGAGCAUCGACCGCAAGGGCAACGAGAGCAACAGCUGCAUCACCGGGAACAACUUCUCCUGGUGCGUCCAGUGGAAUGGGCGCACCUUCUCGGCCUGGCACAGCGACGUGGAGACCCCUCUGGCUGUGGAUAAGUUCACGCGUAUCGGGGUCUAUGUGGACUACACAAGAGGCCACCUGGCUUUCUACGGUGUGGACGACACCAUGACGCUCAUCCAUGAGUACGAGGCAGAGUUCCUGGAGCCUAUUUACCCGGCCUUCUGGUUGUCCAAGAAGGAGAACAUAGUGGCCUUGGUGGCACCGGGGGAUCCAUUACGGCUCAAAAGCCCGUCUCCUCCCACCUCACCUCGAAACGGAGCUAUUGUUCCAAAAAUAGCAUAGCAAUGAUUAAAAGUCAGUUUUCCCUGCAUCAAUACAACAAUAUGAGACUACUGUUGUAUUAAAAGUUUAUCUCUCAAUAUGGAAAUUAUGGACUUAUGGAAUUACUUCCCAUAUUAAACCUGUUUACAGUGGCAUAGAGUUUUUGUAAAACUAAUGUGAUAAAUUGUGAUUGUUUAUCUUGGGUAUAUUUGGGCUCGAGUCAUAUUUAUACCCCUGUGUACCUUUGGGACUUCUGUUACUUUUCAUCCCACUGUGAAUUCAGAGGUGUUCUGUAUUUUAU